AUGGCCACCCUCCCCGCUCGCUAUGGGCGUUGGGUGCCCGUCCUCAUACCACUGGCUCUUCUAAUCCUGUUCUUGCAUUUAAAUGCCCGCUUUGGCGAUACACGGGUUGUACUCCAGCCCGCCUCUUUUCCGAACGAAAACGAAGCCGAAGUUCCGCCCGACCCGAAAUCGUCACCGUCAUGUCGCCAGCUACCAGGCAUUGAAGAUGUUCUGGUCGUAGUUAAGACCGGAAUCACGGAAUCUCAACACAAGGUCCCCGUGCAUAUCCGCACAACGCUACGAUGCAUCCCGAACAAGCUCAUCGUCUCCGACUUUGAGGAAGACAUUGACGGCCUGCGCACGCUGGACGUCUUCCGCAAUGUCUCUCAAACUUUGUAUUCGAACGACGACUUUGCUCUGUACAACCGCGCCCGACAAGGUGGGCGUCAAGCUCUGACGAGCGAGGAUCAUACAAAGGUCGCCAAUAGCGCGGCCGGCAUGAUGGACAACCCGGGUUGGAAGCUAGACAAGUGGAAGUUCCUGCCGAUGAUCCACGAGGCCCGGGCCCAUCGGCCCGAUGUCAAGUGGUAUGUCUUCCUCGAAGCCGACACUUACCCGAUCUGGCCGAAUCUACUUGCCUGGCUGGAGAACUUCGACUCCAACGACAAACUGUAUCUCGGUAAUCAGAUGAUGAUCGGGGAUCAUACCUUUGCACACGGCGGGUCCGGCUUCGUAAUCUCCAAUGCGGCCAUGCAUGCCUUCGCGGAUUUCUAUGCCGAGCAUGCGGAUGAGUGGAACGAGAUUACCAACAACCAAUGGGCGGGCGACUGCGUGCUGGGGAUGGCUCUAGCCGAAGCAGGCAUUGGAUUGACCUGGUCCUGGCCACAUGUUACCACCCAGUCUGUCUGGGAGCAGGAUGCUCUCGGCGAGGGGUUCGGCAGGCCGCAAUGGUGCUAUCCUCCUUUUACAUUCCACCACAUGACGCCCGCCGACGUCGACCAGAUGUGGAAGUUUGAUCAGGAGUGGUUCUCAAAUGAAAACCGAACCGUUCUCACGUACGGCGACAUUUUCCAAUACUUUAUCCGCCCGAUGCUCACAAACCGCCUCGAUAACUGGGACAACAAUGCCCCCGACGGCGACAAUAAUGCCGACUACCGGGGCCCGUCCACGCCUGCUUCCAUGUACGAAUGUGCCGAGCACUGCGCCCGGUCUUCAAAUUGCUUGCAAUACCGCAUUGACAAGCAAGGUCGCUGCUCAACAUCCGGAUGGGCCCUCCGCGGUCUGCCCAAGCCGGGUGUCGCAUCAGGAACGAUGCUGUGGCGAGUCGACGACGCUAUAAAACGGAGAGGUAGUUGUGGCAAGCCGAAGUUCAUAACCAAGUAA